CCUCAAGGCGUCGCAGCUGGAACAAGAAGAAGAACCCAUUCCACCAGCAGAAAUGGCGUUCAACAAGAAGUAUGCUGGUCUUCCCGAUCUCGACCUCGCGCCCGAUAUCUAUGAGACCCCCGACUUAACGGACGAGGCGUCUACCUUGCCAACAGCUACAGUCCGCACGGCCGAUUCAGACGAAGAUGCCGGUUCGAAUUCAGACAUUGACCGACACGGGGUCAACGCCGACGAGGCGCGCGCGCAUUUCAUGGGCGCUACGGUAGAUGCGCGCGAGGCCAAUUUCUCCGAUAGUAUCGCGACGAAGCGGAAAGCGUACAAGAAUACAGGUCGUCGAAGACGGAGACGCGAUGAUGGGACCGAGGAGCUGGGAGAUCUCAGCGAUGGCGAGGAGGAGAGUCUGGAACGGAAACUGGCGCGUCUGAGACGGGAGGCGGAAGAAUUGAAGAGUGAAUUGGAGAAGAGAAGACAGGUUGAAGGCGCUGAUGAGAAGAAAGGGGGAGGAGAUGAUGCAGGACAGGAAGAUGUGGGCGAUGGUGUGCGCGAGUUGAGUCGUGCGUUGGAUAAUCUGCAUGUCUCUGCUGCGCGUGGUGCCGUAUCGGGAUCGCUCAGUCCGGAUGCGAUUCUAUCUCAGAAACUGGGUUCCAAACUCGAUGCUUCAGAUGGAAGUCCAAAGGAUGGCGCUGUAGCCACUGCAGUGACAGCUUCAUCACCCGGUCUUCUGGCGCAUGCUGCCGCCUUCGAUGCUCGGCUGGCCCUCAUCGAAGCCGCGAUGGGCAUCUCGAGCUCCUCGAACCCGUUCGUCGCAGACCCAAAUUCUGACUCUCUCCAACCCGUCCUCCCGACUCUCGACCAUCUCACCUCCCGCCUCACCACCUUGACCAGCACUCUGCUGGGCCCGUCUCCAGCCUCCGCGCUGCCCACGAUAGGCUCCGCUCCGGCAUCAACAACAGUAACCACGCCGCACGUCGAGGCCCUGACAACGCGCAUCCGCAAACUCACCGCAGACGCAGAAGCACUCGCAACAGCUCGCAAACGCGCCGUCGACGCCGCAAAAGCCGCCCAAGCAGCCCGCAUCGCGGCGUCCAAUAUCGACGUGACAGACGACCUCUCCAUGACCUCUUCCUCCGCGACGGAAACCGACCCAGCCGCAGCCCAACGCGACGAACAAGCCGCUAAGAUCCAAGCUCUAUACGCGACCCUCCCGACCAUUCAGUCCCUGCAUCCGCUCCUCCCUAGCGUUCUGGAACGGUUGCGCUCGCUACGCGCUAUCCAUGCUGGAGCCGCGCAGGCAAGUCAGUCUCUCGAUCAGCUCGAGACGCGCCAGAUGGAGAUGAAGAAGGAGAUUGAGCAGUGGCGUGAAGGACUGAAGAUUGUCGAGGAAAAGGUGGUGGAGGGAGAGAAGGCGAUGAAGAAUAAUCUCGAUGUUGUGGGUCCGUGGGUGAAGGAUUUGGAGAAGAGAUUGGAGAGGUUGGAAGGUGGGAAUUGAAUUGAAUUGAAUUCAAUCUAGCUCAACUCUAAGCUGGAUUGAAUAAUUCUAAAGAGGCGAGGGGGGUGGAAGAGGAUGAAUUUUGUUCCAGUCGUGCGUGGAGGAUACAUACAUACAUAGAUAGAUAGAUAAUACCCCCUCCCAUAUUCUGAAUUUCAUACCCCAUGUCUAUGAUUCGAGUCGAUAUAUUACAUAGUAUUUGGGGAAGAAAUAACAAAUGAAAAUAAAUUUGUACAUGCAGA